GCGUCUUCAUUUUUUUCUCAUCCCGGAAGCGUAGCGGUUCCUUGUUCUUGUCGCUCUUCCAACACAUUGGUACCUCAGACUGGCCCUGGUUUCCUCUUCUAUUUUGGAGUUGAGUCUCAACUCCAAAAUAGAACAUUUUGAACAUUCUCUCAACUGAAGGAGGAAGACGUGACGUCGCUGCUAGCGUGCUAAGCGUUUAGCCUUGUUUACUCAUUUGGUUUCGCCUCGGAAGAGAGAGAUGAUGAAGAGUCGCUCAGAUGAGGAGGACUACUGGAACACCAACAAGUUUCAAGCUUUCACCUUCGACGAUGAAGACGACGAGCUGAAGGAAUCCAAAGCGGCCGUGUCCAGCCUGCCGCAGCUGGCGGCCGACGACGACGACGAUGACAUGGAGAAAGUCAGCUGGAGCGGCGAGCCCAUCGGAAGCAUCUCAUGGUCCGUACGGGAAACGGCGACGUCCCGCGUCGGGGCCUCGCGCGUCCCCGCCGAGCCCGCCAGGGUCAACUCGAGCUAUUCGCUGGGGUCCCUCUUCAAAGCCGGACGGAGAAACUCCAAUGUGGCCACGUUCGUCGAAGGGUCCAGCGAGUCGUCGGGCAGAACGCCGGCUCCGGAAAUCAGGCGCACCAAAAGUGAAAAGCUGGAUUUCGGCGGCGAUCGCUCCCCUCGCGAGGUCGUCGACAGGAUGCGGCAAGGGAAGGCCGUGUCUCUGGAGCCUUUCCGUUGCUUACGAGCGAAAAUGGAUCUUCUGGAUUCGGCCGUCGACGCUCACGACGGCAACGUCGUCACAGCGGUUUUAAUUUUUCUGAAGAAAAGCUUGAGUCGAGAGGUUCUGUUCGGGGAGCUGGCGUCGCGUCGGACGGCGCUGAUGCAUUUUGUCAACUACUUGAGCGAAAGCGGGCAACGCCAACUGUUGCUGGAACUCUACAGGGCUCUGGGACGUCAGGAAGACGCGGCGCUGCUUCAGUACAAAGAGCACCUCGGCAUCGCCGGUGAAAAGGAGAGGCGGGACUUUCUCAACGGCUGCCUCAGUCUGCAGUUUUCUCCGGAAGACCGGGCCCAGGUCCAGGAUCAGGUCUCCCUGCUGGAGCGACAGAUGCUCAUUGAGGCGGAGGACCGGGAGGCCGAACGAGGCGGGAAGGCGGAGAUCUUCCACAAGUUUCCCCGGAAAGCUUCCGUCCUCCACAUGCCGCUGGUCACCACCCUCUACUACUGCUGCUUCUACCACUACGACCGACCCGAGGGGAGCUUCAGCGCGCCGGCGGAUAUCCGGCGGAGCUUCAAGAUUUCGGACAAGCAGUUCUUGAAAACGACGCUGAGCGCCCGGGCCAAGCGCAAAUCGUGGAGCGACGUGGACGCGCUCUUCACCAGCCGCAGCUGGCUGGGCUUCACCCGCAAGAAGUCGCCGCUGUCUUUCCGAAAGGUGGUGGACAUCCUGCACAGAAACUCGGCCCCCGCGAACGUUCUGCAGGAUUACGUGAGCCUGGUGGAGGACGCCGACGCUAGGAUGGCGCUGGCCCACAAGCACAAGUGUCACGAGCUCGUCAUCAACACGUACCGAGACCUUAAAGAGCGACGGCUGUUGCUGGCGUACCGAGCCAAGGUGGAGGCGGGGUCGGCGGAGGAGAGGAAGAUCGACGAGCUGCUCAACAACACGCAAAUCCGAUGGAAGAAUUGACUGGGGAUGGUCCUUUCCCAAUCCAUGUGUUCAAAGUCGUCCCGAUCUUCUAACAAAACAAAACUUUUUGGCUUUUCUUCUUCCCUCAAUAAAGAUUCCUUAAAAAGAAAUUUCAUAGUAAAGCUGUUUCCUCUCUCAAAAAACAACCAUGUAUGGUAACUCUAUUAUAUAUUUUUUUAAUAUAUAUAGAAAAAACAGCUGUAUAGU